AUGGAAAAGCUGGUUGCUUGUGUACAAAAAAAGCCAGAUGCUCUUUGUAGACUGAUUUGCUUUCCAUGGGCUGGAAGUGGAACUUCACAACUUGCUCAGUGGGGGAGACUCUUCGAUGACUCAGUUGAAGUGUUCUGUAUAAGGCUUCCUGGAAGAGAAACUCGUCUUGAAGAGCCUUUUGCAAAAGACAUGACAAGUGUAGUUAAUGAAAUUACAAGUGUUUUGUUAAAAGAAUUGAAAGAAAAACCAUUUGCAUUUUUUGGUCACAGUUUUGGAACUUACAUGAGUUUUGCCGUUGCACUUCAUCUGAAAAAAAAGUAUGGACUGGAGCCAGUCCAUCUUUUCAUGUCAGCAGCACAUUCCCCAAAUUCUGCAGCAUAUCUUGCUGUCCAAAGCAUAGUCCUACCUGAUGGACACAAUGACCUUCUUGCAAUUAUGGAGAUUCUAGGAGGAAAUUUUGAGCUUCCACUUGAUAAAGACCUUUGGAGAGAUACGGCGCUUACUUUCAAAGAAGACGCCAAACUUUUUCAGACGUGUUCAUUUGAGAAGACAGAAAUGAAUAGCCCCUUCUCCUGUGAUAUUACCUACUUUUGUGGGUCUGAUGAUAAAAUAUAUGAUGCAAAAGGUUGGCAAGAGCUAACGAGUGGAGAUACUUCCUUUUAUGAGCUUCCUGGAGAUCACCUUUAUCUGCUGAGACCCUCUAAUGAAAGCUUCUUGAUAAAACACAUGACAAGAAGCAUAGAAAAUGGUCUAUGAGUAUUUCUCUCAAUUUUAAUAGCAGAAUGUGUAAGGUUAGUCCACAGCAAUUUGUAAUAAAUCACUUCUUUCUCUACAUUGCAGUUAUGCCUCAAAGUUGUUCUCUUCCUCUGUAAUCCUUUAUAAGGGGGUGUUUUCCUGAUGUUUUGAAAACAAACAUUGGCUUUGGGUCUUAAAAAAGGUUUCAUCUUUUCCUUCUUCUCUUACAUGUGUACAAACU